CUUCAACAUCUUCUUCACAACCAUCAACUUCGUCCAUUACAUUCAUCAAACAUCAAAGAUCAAACGACGGUCUGUGUCACUACAUUUCCACCCUGCGCAGUCCUCAGGCGACACAACCCCCCUUGAGGGCAUCUUCGAGUGCCAGCCAUGCAAAUCCUCCAGCUUCCCCAGGAACUCCUGGCCCACACUCUAUCUUUCCUCCAUCCUGAAGUCAUCAUGCGCUUCGGUCGAACCUGCAAACAAGCCCAUGCAUUCGUCAAUCCUCAAAACCAGAUCCUCUGGCGGUCCGCAUUCUUGCACAUAUUCGAUGAUCCAAAUGACGCUUGGUCCAUGAUGCCCGGGUCGGAUGCUGUCCGCGUUUACAGCAACGACUGGGAUUGGCACCACGAACUCGUCCGUAGGCUCUCCGCCCUCCGAGAAAUUCGCUCGAAAUGGUGUGCCCACGACGAAGCAGCACGCGCUGCAGAGCACCUCGACACUCUGCUGAGCAUUCUUGACACCGCCAAAUUCAGUCCUACUGCACGCGAUAUCGCCAACGGCCGGCUCCCUGUCGAAGACGACAGAUACCUAUCCCUCAACAUGCUAAUCCUCGCCGACGUCGACCACUACCGUGCUGGCCUCGAGAACUUGAUCCACGACUCCGGCACGGUGCGGUACAUGCGUUACGCCGGCUCCGAUGGCAAUCCCUGGGACUCACCGAGACGACCCGUCACGCGGUCCAUGACCUGGAACGAGAUGGAGAAGAACCGACCAGAAUCCGCCUCCCGAUUGCACGUCAUGUUCGGCCUGACCGUCCGCGAGCGCAUCGAAAACAUGGCCCGGGGCGCCGCGAGACGGAAAGUCUACGACUGGAGUCUCAGUGGGCCGGACAACGACUACGGCCCGUUCAAGCGCGACGGCAGUGGCCAAGUCGACUGGAGUUUUCUCGAGGGCAUACACAGCGUCAUAGCACGCAACUUUGCCAUGUGCGUCGAGGGUCACAUCUCAAUGCCCCAGGGGUUCUGCUAUUCUAUUCCUCACCGCACGUUGAAAGAUCCCACCGUGCCGAAUGACUGGGCGAGGGUCACCGGCCCGUGGCUGGGCACUUACGCAUUCAUGGACUACGCCGACUUCUUCGCAUACAACACAUGGGACGGCCAGAGCGGCGCACGACCAACCCUGGACGACGAACCCGAAGCUUGCGGCGAUCUGAUGAAGUUGGAGCUCCAACUCGACGAGACCCUUGCCGAUGACCCGAAAUUGCACACUGCACUGCCUAUCUCCAAGGAUCUACCUCCGCUGUAUUUCCAGGGACUCUCGCGUGCUCAUGCGGGUCUUCACAGGCCAGCCAUCGGCGUGCGCGGGUCCGUCAGCCUCGUUCCAGGAAACAGGGAAGUCAGAUGGCGAUUCAUCAUCACCUAUAGCGGUCAAGACCAGUGGCAAUUGGAAGGCAUCCAACCCGGCGGUAUCAGGUCCGGUGGCAUUUUUGGUCUCUGGUCGCAGUGCGAUCACGAAGAGAGCGGACCGGUCGGACCGUUCUGCUACUUCCCCAUGGAAUUGUGCAAGCCGACCAGUAUUGUGUUAGCCGCUGCUUGAUAAGGUCUGAAGGGCAAGUCCAUGAUGACUUGACUACAACACAAACACGUGUUACGGUCUUCCGGUCUUCUGCACCGUGCUACUCCUUACUAUGCUAAUAUUCGGUUUAUCGCAUGAUCAGGAAUAUCGUUCUAGCUGUUUGAAGGUCGGAAUGAUAAACGAAGAAGAUCAGGACUGAGACUUAGGAGGCAUGUUGAGCUGUAUGUAGACAGUAAAGAUGGAAUCAAGUAAUCAAAAGGAGAGUACUCCAUAAUCGUCGACCGC